AUGUCGAUCACUCACAUUGUUCUCUUCCAGUUUAAAGCUGGCACUGAGCCUGAAGUUGUCAAAGACACGUGUGAUCGUAUGCUCGCCUUGAGAGACAACUGUUUGCACCCGACCUCCCAGAAACCAUACAUCAAGACAUCGUCCGGCGGUGCAGACAACUCACCUGAAGGUAUUCAGAACGGCAUUACUCAUGCUUUUGUCGUGGAGUUCGCGAGCGCGGAAGACCGGGAUUACUACGUCCAUAAGGAUCCGGUUCACCAGGCAUUUGUUCGGAGUUUGGAUGGAGUGAUUGAAAAGGCACAAGCCGUUGACUAUACACCUGGGGUUUAUUAG